GCCUCGAAAACCGCUGGAGCUAUCCGAGGAGGAUCUGCAGCGUCUCUCGGUGGGCACUGGCGUCAGUGCACAGGAGACACCGUUUCCACUACCGCGGACUCCACCAGGUGGUGUCUUCGCGAAGCCGCAGGUCCCAGAGCUUUGGGCACCGCCCUUCUUGCGAGGCCGGCGCUGUCAGCAGGUGAACAAGGAGCUGAACGAAAUCCCUCUCAUACGUCCUCUUUCCGAGCGCCUGCAAGUCGCCCCGGUCGUUGUGGGCGUUGGCUUCCUCUUGUUGGCCGCCACGUUCCUGCUUUACGGCAUCGGUGGCCAGCUGGUGUGCACUCUCUUCGGCGUGGCGUUUCCCGCCUUCGAGUCUUUCAAGGCUGUGGAGGAGUUUGCGAACCUCAAGGAUGGAGACGACAACGCAAAUGUGUACCGCAAAGCCUCAGGCAUGCAGUUCUGGCUCACCUACUGGAUCGUGGUGGCGGCCAUCACUUCCUUCGAAUGCCUCCUCUACUAUGUCGUCGUGUGGGUUCCCUUCUACUACCCGUUAAAGCUUGGCACGCUCAUGUAUCUGUAUGUGCCACAGACACGUGGUGCCAACCAUGUGUACAAUUGGUUCGUGUUGCCUUUCUUGAAGCGAAACCGGGACACGAUCGACAAGACGAUUCAGGAGUCUGGGAAGAAGCUGCGGAAGAGCGUCAGCAACGUGGCUAACAAUGCCGUGGAUGCGGGCAUCGGCGUGGGGAAGCAGGGAGUGGUUCGACUCCGACGUGGUUUGACCAUGGUGGGGCCCGGGAUCGAAACGGUGAGGCAUUUCGUUGGUGCAGAGAUUGCUCGGCGCACGCACCGCGAGGAGUCGCCGAAAGCUCAAGAGGAGCCGCCUGACGACUGCUUCGAGGCGAUGCCGCCACCGCCGGAGCCGGCGGAAGCAGAAGCCGAGUGA